AUGUCUUUCUUCACCGAGUACAGUUCCACGCACCAGUUCGACAGGGCUACCGACCUUCACCGACACCCCUUGACCGGAAUCAAUGUGCUGAUAGUGGGCGCUGGGCCGGUUGGCCUCUUUACGGCACUCGAGUGCUGGCGCAAAGGGCACACGGUCGUGGGCGUCCUCGAACGAAGUCCUACCCCAAGCGCCGCAGGUGAUUCUUUUACCGUGCUUGGAGCGUAUAUUGAGCGGUCCUGGCCAGCCCUGUUCAGGUCCUUCGAGCAGGAUUCGGUCGACCUUCUCAUCUCGUAUCAUAAGAUCACAGGAGAGAAAGUUGCGGGCCCCGAGCAGUUUCACCUGAAAGAGAUUGCCAACGGGCGGCUGGACGACGACGGCACCCCAGGCCCGAGCAGGCUAUAUCGGAUCAACCGGCCCCUCCUGGCCGCGUCGAUGCUGGCCCAGGCACAGGAGCUGGGCAUCCAGGUCAGCUUUGGCAAGCGCGUGGUCGACUACUUCGAGGAAGAGGAGAAGGCCGGGGUGAUUUUCGAGGACGGCUCAAGGCAAUCUGCAGAUGUCGUGGUGUCUGCUGAUGGCGUGGGAACCAAAUCGCACAAGCUGAUCAGCGGCCACGAGGUCCGGGCCAUGAACAGUGCACAUUCCAUUUUCCGUGCUGCCUAUCCCAUCGAGCAUGUCACGGCGGAUCCAGAGCUGGCCGAGCGCUUUCCUCUGCUUGAUAAUGGGUAUGGCCACUUUGAGCAGUGGAGGGGUGAGAACCUCGUGAUUGGCGUGGCAAGGUUUCCCAAGGAGAUGCAGUGGUACAUUACGCACAAGGAUACGGUUGGCACCUCGAAGGAAUCCUGGCACAACUUUGUCACCGGGGAACAAGUGGCAACAUUUCUUUCCAACUUCCCGGAAAUCCCAGAUGUGUUGAAGAAACUCGUCAGGACUGCGCCCAAGGACUCCGUCGUGGACUGGCAGCUGCUUUGGCGGGACCCGCAGCCGACGUGGUCCUCGCCGCUGGGCCGGGUCGUCCAGGCAGGCGACAGCGCUCAUACGUUUGUUCCUUCAUCCGGCAGCGGAGUCAACCAGGGACUAGAGGACGCCAUCUCGAUAGCCACCUGCCUGCAGCUUGGUGGUGGUACUAUAAAGACGGGCAUGUGGGCCAAAGUGCACAACAAGCUGAGGUUUGAACGUGUCUCCUGCUGCCAACUGAUGGGCUUCAUCAACCAGAGCCACUUCCUCAAGCCUGAAUGGGGCACUAAUGUGCUUGCGGACCCAAAGAACUACAGACCCGAGUACGGGUGGUGGGUGCUGCGUCACAACCCAGAACGAUACGCCUAUGUCAACUAUGGGAAUGCAUUCCGGAACCUCGUGGAUGGGACGCCGUUCCAGAAUACUAAUAUUCCUCCUGGCUACGUCUACAAGCCGUGGACGCUCAAGGACAUCUACGAUACGCUGGCGGAGGGCAAGAAGCUCAAGUUUGAUGGCGACUGGUCCUAGACUUUUUGUUUUGUUUUCUUUUUGUCUUUCUUUUUAUCUAGCUCUCCUCUCACUUUUGUCCUUUUUGUCGUUUUCUCUCUUCUUUUUUCUUUCUUUUUUUCUCCUUUCUUUUUGCAUUUUUCUUCUCCUCGUGCGAGAUCUCAGCCCACGAACUUUUACUAGUAUGAACUACACAUUUCUGGCUCAUGCUGGGGCUGGCCCUCCUUUUCGUGGUUGCAUACUUUUGGCCCCUUCGUGUUCCCCUUUUACCAUAGAAAAGUGAGAAGCUCAAAGGCCAGACAGAAGAAUUGGCUGGAAUCAAGGAGCAGAAAAUCCAACACAGGAUAAUGACUCUUGGUCCUUGCCCAGAUGAGGUUAGUUGAUCCAUUUUCAUAUGGAACCCCCUGAAUAAAAUAAAUUCUGGGUCAUGGCCAAUUGUCAUGACGGCGGAUCAAGGAUUGAAUUUGAGUCCGAGUCCAUCCGGGCCCGUCUUACCGGGCGGCCUCGGACAAAAUAUGCGAGUCACACGAAGGCAUCGUUGUCCAACACUCUUUUCUCGGGCCCGAGGCAGGGGAAAACCGGGUUUUGCAUAAUGUUUUUGAUGCUUUCUAUUUCAUCAUGCGAUGGUCCUGAAUCUUGUUUGAUGUGGUCUUUGAAAUAAGGUACAUAAGCCACCAUUUCCCCCUGCUCAAGCACUCGUCAUGGAACUCGGUCAGUUGCUAUCAAUUACUUUCAUAGUAUAAUUACUGAGAACUCUCGAAGCAGAAUCCCAAUUUUCUUUAUUCACCACC